AAAUCAAGAUCCACCAAAUCCCCCCCUUGGUCCAAGUGGGUCAGAGCGUCACUUUGUCCCCCCACCCCACCAUCCCCACCUACAACUUGUGUUCCUGGUUCCGGACCCACGGGACCCCUUACCAUAAAGAGAUCGGAUCCAUCUUCUUUCCCAACCCUAAAAUGGUUCCGGGUCCGGCCUAUACUAAAAAGGAACAGAUCCGGAUGAAGGGCUGCACUCUGACCAUCUCUGACUUAAAGCCUGAGGACAACGGGAUGUACACGGUCCUCAUCCGGGAUCCCAGGAUCAUCAGCAGCUACAUGGAACUCACGGUCUAUGGUGAAUCCCAGCCCCUAUCAAUGCCGGCGGUGUCCCCAUUGGAGGUGCUGGUGGUGGAAGACAAGAACUUCACCCUGUCCUGCCGCCCCCCGCCGGGUUGGUUGCGGAUGUGGUGGCAGCGCGGGGCGGCCAUCUUGGAACCCAACGACCGGAUGCUGAUGGCGCGGGACAACAGGACGUUGACGGUAACGCAAACGUGGCGCAGCGACGCCGGGCAAUAUGGCUGCCACGUCCAGAACCCCAUCAGCCACAACUACAGCAGGGAGGUCAACCUCAGCGUGGCCUGUGAGUGGGGUUGUGUUGUUGUGUUGUUGUGUU